AUGAAUCUCCCGAGUCCCAAACGUAGUAGUGAUUAUAGCCCGAGUUCCCCCAAGCAUCAGCCUACACUUAAUGAAGGGUCACUCCCCCCACUCUCUCUCAUCCCCACCUCCUUUAUUUCUUCCCCUUGUUUCCAUGACUUCCCUGCACAGCUCUCCUUACCACUGGAGGGUGUCCUCUCCUGCAGGUUCCCCGGGCACAGCAUGCUGGUCCUGCCUGCCUGCCUGCGCUCUGCAGCCUUCUGGGCUCUGGUCUACUCCUACUGCCUGCUGUGUGCCUGCACUGCGCUCAUCAAACUUUUCUGCAGCAUCUUCAUCAGGCCAAGGAGGACCUUCCACAGGGUCCCCAGAGACAUCCCCCCUGCCUGUCUCAAUGACCCUUCCCUGGGUACCCACUGCUAUGUGCGACUCAAGGAUUCCGGGCUGCGAUUCCAUUAUGUUGCUGCUGGAGAGAGAGGAAAACCCCUCAUGCUUCUUCUUCAUGGGUUUCCAGAAUUCUGGUACUCCUGGCGUAAUCAGUUACGUGAAUUUAAAAGGGACUACCGAGUUGUGGCUCUUGACUUACGAGGAUAUGGGGAAACUGAUGCACCGCCUUCUAAAGACAGCUACAAACUAGACUGCAUCAUAGUGGAUGUGAAGGACAUUUUAGACUCUCUAGGUUACACCAAAUGUGUCCUGGUUGGUCAUGACUGGGGUGGGAUGAUUGCUUGGUUGGUUGCCAUAUGCUACCCAGAAAUGGUGACUAGGUUGAUCAUCUUGAGUUUCCCCCAUCCCACUGUGUUUACUGAAUACAUCCUACGGCACCCUUCACAAUUGAUUAAAUCUGGUUACUACUUCUUUUUCCAAAUGCCUUGGGUUCCUGAACUCAUGUAUACUGUAAAUGAUUACAAGAAUCUCAAAGACCUUUUUAUUAGUAAGUCUACUGGCAUUGGAAAGCAUGGCUGCAGAUUAACAGAAGAUGAGCUGGAAGCGUACAUCUAUAUCUUUUCCCAACCUGGAGCCUUGUGCGGUCCAUUAAAUCAUUAUCGGAACAUCUUCUGCUGUCUGCCAUUAAAAAUCCACCAGGUCACUAUGCCAACCCUGCUGUUAUGGGGGGAAGAGGAUGCCUUUGUUGAAGUCGAAAUGGCAGAUUUGACAAGAGAAUAUGUGAAGAAUUAUUUCCAGCUCUCCAUAUUAUCGAAAGCCAGCCACUGGCUCCAACAGGACCAGCCUGAGCUGGUUAAUAAUUUAAUAUGGACCUUUCUAAACGAAAACAGAUUUCGUGCAAAAGACUGACCUGGUACACUGAUCGGACUAGAGAGCUGCCCUUCUUUCAGGCUAGGUAUCGUUUAAAGACCACUCGUUACCUAGCAGAGAGGGUAUUCUCAAACAGUGGACCAUUUCACUGAAUAUGGUCACUAUAGUGUGUCUAAUAUAUGCGGGUGGUCACUUGCAACCUCUUUCUGAAGGAGUAAAACUUCCAUCAUGCUUUGGUUUAAGGGAGUUUUAGUGUAACAGUAGCAGGCAUGCAGGUGGCACAACGUCUAACAUCACUGUGUAAACAGAGCAACUUGUUGUAAGCUGUCAUUUGUUAAUGCCAGUUUAACGUGUAGUUUUAUACUUUGCACAUUCGCACCUGCCUUAACAUUUCUGAGUUUACACUGUACAACAAAAAGGUCAUUGGAAUCUCUUGACAACUUCUGUUCUUUUCAAUUGUUGUGUGGUGCCUUGUAAAUCUUUCUAAUAUUACAAUACAGGGGUGCCAUAUACCAGCUGGUCAUAUGGAGAUAUAAUUUAAUUAUUAUUUUUUUACUACAUUUUGUAACAUAAAUAAAGGAAACACAUAUUGUCAU